AUCGGGUUUAUCGCUGCGAUAAAUCUGUAUCCAAACGUCGUCGUCGUCGAGCGAGACUUCGACGUCAACACCUUUAGGUCCAGACGACUGCUUCCUCCUGAUCGGCGGCACCCGAAGGCCUCGAGGAUUUUCUCUAUCCACACAUCGAACUCAACAGCUUGACCUGGAUAGCUUAUUGUUUUUAUUUCCUUGGCCAGGACAAAGACCUGGUUCAUCGGUUGAUGUCCAUUCAUUAUUCUAACUUACCGGGCUGGCAGGUGCCAGAAGGUUCCGAGGUCAAAAUGGAUGACAUCGGUGAUCUAGUGGCAAGUGGAGUCAUAUUCGAAGACAAUGGGCGACGAGAAUCGGUGGUCGACUUAGACGAUGACGAGGUGCGGGAUGUCGAAAUGGAGGACUCACCGCUCACCAUGACUCCUGGCGGACUAACAGAUGUGGCCGCACCUACGCCUGGUUCGAGAGUUUUUGCAAGGCCCAUCACGCGAUCUAUCAGCAAACUCUCAUCCAUUGAACCCUUGGAGGCCCUAUCCUAUACCACUACUUCACUUCGAACCAGAUUACAGACAUCCUCUAAGAAACCUCCCCCUACCUUGAAUCUUACUAAGCUCGAAGAGUCUAAAGACAUCAAGUACGGCAAUGAGAAUGAGCUCAUCUUGAGAAGCAAGGAUAGUAAUCAGAUCUCACCGUCGCUGGAAAAACUGCUUAGGGAGCACCCAGAGAUCGGACAGCUUAGGAUGCCAUUCCGUCGAUCGGCUCGCAUUGGUGAUCACCAGGCCCCAACAAAUGACGUUAAGCCGGCCACUAUGACCCUAACCAAAGCUCGAGUGAAGAGAGUCGGCAGCAAAAGAACGAAGGCGAAUCCUAUCAACCGCUAUCCGCGUCGCUCGUCCCGCUUGUGGAAGCCUCUCACAGAAUUUCCACAAUAUGCCCAGCUCCCUCCCGAACUCAAGAUGAUGGUCUGGGAGGCCGCAAUUGAACCGAGACUGUUGUAUAUAUGCAAUAGAUCAUCAAUCAUGCAUGCGGGAGCAGCAUUUGGGGCUCAGAAUAGCCCUCCAAAGUGGUUUAAUACCUGCCGUCUCUCUCGAUUCAUCGCGAAGCUUCACUAUCAAAAGCGAUUCGGUCUUCACGACCCGUUCGUCCCCAAUAUCAAUCUUAAGACAAUCCAAGAUUUUAACACAAAUGAUGUUGUGAUCUUCGAACCCUGCCAUGGAGCGUGCCGCGGAUGUCAUUGUGCUCGACACCAGUACUGCGAGGACGAUCGUUCCGUCGUUAGAUUCUUGGCCGUCCAGACGGAAUCGCCCCAUUUGCCAGGCACAACGGAACCAUGCUGGCAAACUAUCACACGCUCGUGGCCCAACGUCGAGACACUUUACUUGAUGAGGGUUCCCGUUAGGGGUGUCGACAAGCGAGAGAAGGCAAUGAUCCGUGUUCAUGCCAAUAACCAUGAAACAGCGCUCCUGCGAAGAUUCGAGCAAUGGAAGAAAACCCAAGGAAAAGGUGUGAAGGUAAAUCAGCUGGAGUUCGUCGAGGUGGUUCAGAAGGAGGAUGCCACUGCGAAUCCGAAGGACCAGUAUCGAUCAGUGGUUGACCGACUAACCGGCUUUCCUGAGGACGUUAUCCUCGGCUAAUAAUUAAACCUACCUAUACAGUAUCAUUGCUGCGAAUGCCACACUCUAAGUAUUUUGGCAUCUAAAACUUUGCAAAAUUUGCUUCAAAGAUACGUCUUGGAAUUUGCUAAAUAUUGAUUGGUGAGUCUGAAGACAACCAAGAUAUCCAGUGUCUAGAAAUACAUAAAGUUCUACACUUUAUCUGGUCAUUAAUCAUCCAAAUAUGGAAUUGGCCAGCCAACCCAAUCCCUCAUCUCAUUCCCCUCUCACUCUCAUCUUCAGACAUUAUCACCGCAGUAUCGUCCCAUGGGGUCGACAUUGAGUCACGUUUUUCGGGUUUCUAAAUAAAAUCGACCGUAUUAACGAAACUCGGUACCGAACCCUUUCUAUUCUACAACUCCUUCAUAUUGCGGAGUACUCGCCAAGACUACAAACACAUAGUCUUCCUUUAGA